UGUGCAUCUCAGUACCAGUUUAGUGCACGCAGCUGUUGAAGUGGGUUCGUGUGUUUCGUUGUGGACAGAUCUCAUCGGUCAGGAUUACAUCCGUAGCACAGAAAGGAGCGGACCAUCUGAAAUGCAACUACUUUUUAUCUGAUUUUGUAACAGUGAAGAGUGAAGAAUCAACAAGUCGUAACAAUUUACAGUCACUGGCAUGUCAGGUGAUAAGGUGCAGCUCACCCAAGUGGGGACUCUGUGCACUCCAGACCCGCACAUCCAACUGCUGGAUGCCUGGAUAUCCAGGGACUACCGCACGUUCUGCAGCCUCCUGGAGCAGGAAGUCGUGUCGCCUGACUACUGGUAUGAUGACCCCCACCUUGCCACCUGUCUGUACCUUGCCUGCAAGGAGGAGGAUGGAGCUCAGUGGGCCGAAGCUCUGCUUAAGGCCAAGGCCGAUCCCAACAACAUGAAUGGCGUCCGUAAGAAGGCGCCCAUCCACGUGGCAGCGAAAUAUGCUAGAGGUGAAGUUCUCAAGGUCCUUCUCUCAUCUUCACGCACAAAUAUCAACAUUCAGGACAACUGUGGGAAUACUCCGUUACAUAUAUUAGCUAAACAAGAGUGUGAGGAUUCAUCCACAGAUGUAAAUAAAUGCAAAUAUUGUAUUCAGCUUCUAAUGAAUCAAGAUGGAAUCGAUCUGAACAUUGGUAACAGGAAAAGCUACACUGCUAUUCAUAAUGCAGCUUAUUCUGGUGCUAAAGAGAUUGUGGAGACGAUUCUGGAGCAGGCUGGAGACGAUUUAGAUAUCGACACACUGAGAGCAGCAAAUGGGAAGAAUGCUAGAGAAACUAUACUUGAGAAAUACCCAGAGUUGGCUAAAUUAUUGCCAGAACAAGGAAGAGCUCAGAAAGAAAAGGGAGCUGUAGAUAAGAGCGUCCUCUUCCAGUAUUUGUAUCAACGCAAAUGUGACCUGUUCAUCGCUGCCAUUAAGGAUCUACCCCUUUGCCAGUUGGAAGAGAAUGACGGGAGCCGUACAUUCCUGCAGUACUGUGCAGAGAAUGGACUGGAGAGUGCAACGAGCGCUUUGUUGCAGGCAAACGUCAAUAAAAAUGCAACCUGUCCAACAGAGUUUCGUCCUCCUGCCUUACUUGCUUGUUAUGGGGGACACCCGGAUGUUCUCAAACUCUUCUUGCAGCUUGAAGGCGUGGAUUUUAAAGCUGCUAAUGAUGAUAGAAGAACAGCAUUACACGCCGUCUUGAAUUCUUUGUGGGAAGAUACUUCCGCGGUUCAUAGAGGCUACAAAGCGUGUCUUGAUCUACUUCUGGAACAUCUUCCACGCCUUAAAAUAAAUAUCAAUGCUGCAGAUCAGAAAGGGAACACAGCCUUGCACUACGCUGCGAAAAAUAAAGAUGACUACGCUGCCCUGACGUUACUGAAGCACGGUGCUUACAUUGGCAUUAAGAAUGUUUUUGGCGAACCACCAUUAGCCAGUAUGUCGCCACAUUUGUUGGAAACUUUCCUGAAUGAUUGUCUGAGCACAAAUGGCGAGUUCCCCAGAGAAGACAAGUAUGAGGUCACAUUCUCUUAUAAAUUUCUUGUUCCACCAGCAGAAGAGAGUAGCGCGCAGGAGCAACAAAAUUCUGAUGUAGAAAUGAAUUUGCUACCUGAUGACACUCAGAGCCCAAAUAGGCCACCGCCACAUCAAAACAUUUCCUCGGCAACAACAAGUACAGAGACCGAACCUCUCCUGUACAUCAGCCGAUCUCGAGACUUGAGAUAUCUCCUCAAACAUCCGGUGUUUACCAGCUUCUUAAACCUCAAGUGGCACCACAUUCGUAUUUUCUUUUAUAUUAAUCUCAUUUUCUAUAUCCUCUUUGUGGCACUGCUGACAUUUUACAUUCUGCUGAGCUACGACAAAACUCACAUAAAGGUUGCAAAUGAAGAUUCACGCAACACCAGCGCUGUGAGCAGUAGCGUGACCGAAGGACCCGCUGGAGAAAUGUUGGCAUUUGUUAAAAGUGAUGCUUCUGACUUCUGGUGGGCUGUCUUGAUAGUUUUCCUGAUUUUACUGGUACUGAGAGAAAUGUUCCAGUUUGUCGCGUUCCCAUCAAAAUACCUUUGUAGUCCUGAGAAUUAUCUGGAAUUUUUCCUAAUUAUAACCAGUGCUGCCAUCCUGUCUUGUGACUGGGUUCGUGGCAGCGCAAGGCCACACAUUUCUGCUAUAGCAAUCUUGUUCUCAUGGGCUGAGUUGGUACUCCUCAUAGGGCGUCAUCCAAGUCUCUCAACCAACAUUGAGAUGUUCAAGACAGUUUCAUGGAACUUCCUCAAAUUCCUCGCUUGGUAUGCCAUCCUCAUCAUCGCUUUCGCUCUCAGUUUCUACACAUUAUUCCGCGACUGUGGUGGUGCAAUGCAAUGCGGCGAAGAAGGCGACUCCAGCGAGAACUUCUUCCUAGACCCUGGAAUGUCAGUAUUCAAAACGGUCGUUAUGCUGACUGGAGAAUUUGACGCAUCUUCUAUUCCUUUUGUGUCAUUUCCUGGUACAAGUCACGUUGUUUUCGUGCUCUUUAUAUUCCUUAUUGCCAUGGUGCUGUUCAAUCUCCUAAAUGGCUUGGCUGUGAGCGAUACUCAAGCCAUAAGGGAUGAUGCCGAAGUAGUGAGUUACAUCUCACGAGUGAAGCUCAUGUCGUACAUUGAAACCUUGUUCCAAAGUUCUUCAUUUCCAUUUGUGGCUACUCUCAAACGUCUCUGUUGUUGUUGGCCAGCUGGUGGCUGCUCUUUCAAAUCUGUCGGUAGUAGAGCACGUCUCUUUCCGGACAAGGUCCCAAAUAACGAGAUACGAGUUCUCCCCAAUCAAGGGUCGAGAAUUGUCUUCACCAGCCAUCAAAAGAAGUGCAAUGAAGUUGAAGAAGGGACGAGCAAAUGUUGUCUGAAUGGCUGUGGGGGCUGUAAGCUUGAUUCUGGAAUUCUGAAAAGAGCGAUGGAUAUAAUAAGUGAUCGUAAAAAGAAUUCAGAGAUGGAGCAAUUUAAGACAUUGCCUACCCACAACCAGAAACAAUUAAAAGAACUUUGCCAGGUUGUAGAAAAGAAACUGGAAAAAUUUGAGAGGAGACUCGAUAGCAUGGAGAAGUCCUGGGAGGAAAGUCAGGUUAUGUUAAAAAGAAUUUUGGAUAACCUUCUUGAAUCCAGUUCUUCUGAAAGAGGUUUAAAAGAGUGAAUAACGUCGACCACCUUCUUCAUGCAGUUCAUUUUCUUAUUUCACCUUUCAAAAUCAGCACUGAAUUUUGUUGUGAAAACACGAGGUGACCGAGUUCCAACGCUUAAAUUUCAGCAUUUAUUGCAGAUGAAUGUAAAAUGUACUUUAAUAUGACUUCAUAAUGAAUCUGACUUUUAUGUUGAGUCUAUAAAAGUUUGAUAUGGGUUGCUCUUAGUCUGCUUACUGACAACUUAUAAAAAUGUACUUGCCAUGUCCAGCCUGAGCAGCGUGUACGUAGUGCGCUGCAAAUUUUGACAUAACAUUACUGAGAAAAGACAAGCAAAUAAUAUACAUAUUUGUAAUAUCAUUUAUGAAAGUAACAACACAGUAAUUAUGCUUGCCACAAACUGACGGAUCAAGACAAAGAAGAUUUUUAGGCUGUCAGCUGCAUUAGAAAAUGUUUUAUUGUAAUAUUUUUAGAGUUGUCUUUGUCUUCAGAGUCCGAAUUCAGGGACGGUGGCUGCCGAACAACUACACUCUUCGUGCGUGAAUAUCAUUUCACCACGUGGUUGAUCCAACACGGAACGCGUUGAGGCAAGGAAUGCAACGCGGUUGUCACGACAUUUUGACGGUGAGAAAUUGGAGAAGGGAAAAUGAAGACAUUACUUACCUACAACCGGAAGUGACCGAAGGAAGUCUGUCAAAUCGUAGAACAGAAACAUGAGAAACUGGAAAUACGUGAGAGAAGAUUUGUGAGCGUGAAGAAGUUCUGUAAGGAAAGUGAGGUUAUGUUCUUCCAGCAAAAGUUUAAAAAGGUUAAGAAUGCAGAUUAGUUGCUUCAUGUUCUCUUUGCUCUGGUCUGCAUCAGCCAUUUCAUUGUUCUCUUUCUCUUCCACAAGAUAUAGAGAAGUAAGAAAGUUAUCAAAGUAUAGAUGGUAUGGAAGUUUCAGUUGUGACACAAAUAAAUACAUUACUGUAUUCCAAAAUCA